UUAUUUGUGGAUUAGUUUUAAUCAUGUUUGUGAGCCACAAACUUUUCCCAAUUUUUAUUGUUUCCUUCACGUUACUUUUGAUUUUUUUAAUUGUGACUAGUGGUGACGAUCACGUUGAGAAUUUUUCGGAGAUUUUGGACAAAGUUAAAAAAAUCACCCAGUGUUUUGACAAACCCAUUGAGACCCAAAUUGUGCAAAACGGCCAAUUUUGGGUCUUGAACAACUACAUAAAGGCCUCAGAACGAUUCAAAUGCCAUGAAAGUGUCACAAUAACAACACAAGGCGACUUUACGUUCCUUGAAAACUUGCCCAUUUUGGUGGAGAGAUGGAAGGGACCCAUCAGUGUGGCCCUCUACGCCCCUGGAACCGAUUUUAAACACACCAUCGACUCCAUUCGCUAUCUACGCCGCUGUAACAGCCCUCUUAUUGCGAAAUUCGUCACGUUUCAUAUUUUUUUCGACUUGGAACAUGUUCCAAAAAAGAUUUUCCAGCUAGAAGAAGGCUUCGAUUGUGACAGAAAAAAUCCCCCAUAUCCCACCAAAACCACUUACAAAACCUCCCAAAACUUGCUCUAUCCCAUCAACGUGGCCCGGAACAUAGCCCGAAAAAUGUCCCAAACCCACUUCAUCCUCCCCUUGGACAUCGAGCUGUUCCCGAAUCCCGACUUUAUCCCGAAAUUCCUGUCAAUGAUCGCGCGCAAUCAACCGCCCCUCGACCGUCCCAACCCCCGAGUCUUCCCGUUACCAGUUUUCGAAAUCGAAUCCGGGCAAAAACUUCCCGAUAAUAAAACACAACUCCGGGAACUCCUUUCGAAAAAUUUGGCAAUUCCUUUCCAUGAAAAAAUUUGCCCGACGUGUCAUAACAUUCCGGAAUUCGCCAGCUGGAUGAAAACUCGUGAAACACCAAAUCUGAGCGUUUUCCAUGUUGGUAAAAGAAAUGGGCGGUUUUUCCACUGGGAGCCCAUUUUUGUUGGUACUAACACUGAUCCAUGGUACGACGAGAGAUUGUCAUGGGAGGGGAAAAAGGAUAAGAUGACACAAGGGUACGUUUUGUGCGUCCAGGAUUAUGAUUUUAUGAUUCUGGAUAAUGCGUUCUUGGUCCAUAAACCAGGGAUUAAGACCAGGAAUCGGGAUUCCGAAAGGAGGAAGAAAAUUGUUAAAAAAAGCAAAGAAAUUAUUGAAGGACGGAUUUUACCACAGUUGGGAUAUCUAUUUGGGACCAGAGAUGGAUGCAAUAUUUAAUUUUUGUUCCUUUAUUUUUUUGUAAUAAUUUGAAACUUUGAAGAAUAAAAAAAUUAAACAAAUCGCCUACAGAAAAAUAAUAAAGGCAAGAUAUGUCAAAAAUUAUACAAAAUGGCGCCUCAAAUUAUUUUUUAUAGAGUCGAAAUUAACUAUAAAUUACAAAAACCAUUGAAAAUCUA